AUGAACAACGACAUUAACAAAAACACCAAAUUCGUGUAUUUGCAAAAUCAGAUUAGUCGCAAAUUGAAAGCAAAAACUUUUUUGGAGAAAAGCAUACUAUCCUCAGCAGAUUCUGUUCACAUAACAACAAAAGAAAAGAUCCCAAGUGUAAUUCACACGUUAAGAGAGCUAAAUACCAAACUCGAAGCAGAAGAUUUUUACGCAUUGAUGACUCCAGGUAUCCAAAAUGCUUUAAUGUGCUCAGAGAACUUCGAAGCGCUCAUCUACGACACUUUCAUCCCCAGGUUAGAACUGGAAGAGAACCCGGCUGUUGAUCUACCAGAUGAUUUGAUCACGCUUUUGUGA